AUGAAAGCUCUGGAGAAAUUUUGUGACGAUAUUUCUAAAUAUUAUCCCGAGAAGGAUGAAUUUUACAGCUGGUAUGUAUUGCUUUGUGUACUCAACGCGAUGUUGGCUCUUUCAGCCACAUUUGGGAACAUUAUCAUCAUCUGCGCGCUGACGAAGACUACUUGCGCUCUAUGUACGUCAAAGAUUCUUCUGCGUGGUUUGGCAUUUACCGAUCUUGGAGUUGGUUUAGUUGUGCAGCCGUUGUACAUAUCUGUGAUCGCUGAGAUACUCUCGAAAGAUUCUGUUUCGUCUUACGAUUCUGAGUGCAAUACCAAAAUUGCUUUCCUCGUCUUGGGAACGUUUCUAACCAGUGCCUCAUUCUUCAUUGUUUCAGCGAUCAGUUUUGAUCGCUUCCUCGCUAUUACACUUCAUUUACGCUACAGAGAAAUCGUGACAGAGAGGAAGGUAACCAUCACUAUUUCUGUCUUGUGGACGCUUAGUGCAGUUACCUCGGUUGGGUAUUUGUUAAUCGGAGAUAUGAACCGAGAAGUUGUUUCCUUUGCCUUCACGAUCACCUUCUUUAUAACAACCACUUUAGCUUUUGCCAAAAUCCAUCUCGCUGUUCGUCGUCAUCGUUUGCAAAUAUCUGCGCAGGAGGGAACCUUAGGCAAAAAUUGCAAAGACUUGACUUUAAGAAAAAGAAAGUUUAAGUCUGCUAUGAAUAUCUUCUACGUAUAUGCUGCCUUUGCCGUUUGUUUUUUGCCCUACACCUGCACCAAGCUGGCUAUAGCCACAACAGGGCAUAAUGUCGUUUUGAAAGGAGUCUUUCAUUUUUCAAUGACGUUGGGACUUCUUAACUCGUCUUUAAAUCCCAUAAUAUUUUCCUGGAGAAUGGAGGAGAUCCGAAGAAGCAUGCUGGAGGUAUUGAGGAGGGUGUUACCUUGUCUGAAGUUAGCUCGAGUUGUUCAACUGCAUCCCCAACGAGAGCUUGCCAUGACGUAA